AUGGGAGGAUGGGAGAACAAUGGGAGGAUGGGAGGACAAGAGGAGGACAAGAGGACACAAUGGGAGGAUGAGAGGACAAGAGGAUGGGAGGACAAUGGGAGGACAAUGGGAGGAUGGAAGACAGGAGGACAGACAAUGGGACAUGGGACAUGGGACAUGGGACACGGGACAUGGGACACGGGACAUGGGACACGGGACAUGGGACAAUGGGACACAGGACAACAGGACACGGGACACGGGACACGGGACACGGGACACGGGACACGGGACACAGGACACGGGACAUGGGACAAUAGGACAUGGGACAAUGGGACAACAGGACAACGGGACAACGGGAAAAUGGGACAACGGGACACGGGACAACAGGACAAACAACAGGACAACAGGACAAUAGGACAGUGGGACAGUGGGACACAGAACCAUGGGACAUGGGACACAGGACACGGGACACAGGACAUGGGAGAUAGGAAAUCAAAUAAUUGGGAGGAAGUGUAUGAGUCAAUAGCAUGA